AUGGCGAAAGGUCUCAUUGCCCGGUUUCGACGUGCCAAUGCUCCUGCACCAAAAGUCAUUUAUGCAGACAACAACUGCUGUCGUGACAGCGGUUCCUCCUUUCUGGAGAGUCUGUUUGCUGACUGGGUACAGCAGGGUGCUGUGGUCAGACUGGACAUCCGACACUGGCUACAUCGCUGGGAUGCUGUUGUGAUCAAACAGAGCCAUGCCAAGUACGGGUUGUUCAUGAGUGCCUUGGCGGGUGCGGUGCUCGCCUACAACAAGACGGACAUGAUGCUCCUGGUCCAGGCUGUCAGGAGUGGCAACGCAGAGCUGUACGGCAGGUAUUCCGACGAGGAGAUGAUAGCCUUCCUCAAGCCUCACCAGGUCAGAUCGUAUGUGAGGCGCAUCACCCGUGGGGUUGUGGAGUCUGCUUUGGUGAUUGAGGCCAUCAUUGCCGAGUUCAGGGGACCAGCAGGCCUGGACAUUGAUGGAAUCCCCCUGUUCAAGUCAACAGAGGCAGUUGAUGCUCACUGGGCAACUGCAAGCAAGCAUCUCGGCUGCAUGCAGGAUCCCCCUGGCAUACAGCUGUAUGUGUCUGUGAAGGUUGUGGUGCUGAAUGGUGUUCGUCUCAACAAGUACAGGUGCCGGAGAGGCAGUAACUCUUUUGAGGGGUUGCACGCACACCUUUACAAUGCCAUACCUUCACAGAGAUGUGGGAUUAUGCCAUUCCAAGCAUACCUGAUGGCCUUUGCUGUGCAGUGGAACAACCGCAUGGCAUCACUCCAGGUUGCUGGCGGUCAGGGUCGGCAGACGUCAUGCAUGGACGCGCGGCAGAUCCAGCGCAUCAAUCAGCAGGCUGAGCUUCUGUUCGGCAAGGAGCACGUCCUGGAGCCCAACUUUGCUGCUCCACUGCCCGUCCCUGAUGCGUACGAGCACCCAGACGAGGAGGAGCUCCUUGGCGUGGAGUAUGCCGUGUGCCAGUCUACCAGCUUCACUGCUAAAAAUUUCUAUGUCCAGAAAGUUGAGGAAGAGCAGUCUCGUGAGGAGGAGGAGGAGUCUGAGGAGUCGGCUGAGACAGAUGAAGAUGAACGGAUGGCAGAUGAGGGUCUUGGCAUGUCUGCAGAGUCAGAGGAGGAUCCUAUUGAUAGCUUCUGUAGGAACCAUGCCAUCCACACCAAGGCAGAACAGGUGGAGGAGGAGGACAGCCCCGCUCUGCAAGAUGUGCUCAUGACCCAGGGACAUCUGCAUCUGCCAGGAAUAGAAGAAGUGGAGGCACUGGCCUUGCUGCUCCUAGAACUGGUAGACGACAGCGACCGCCACCUAGUGCCAGCUGACCUGAGGCAGAAGAUCAUCACCGCCGCCAGCUCUCUUCACGAGCACGACAAGACCGCCGCCAGAUUUGUUAAAAAAUAUGAGUCCAGGUGGGGCUACACCCUGUUUGGCCGGUGUCUUGGGGCUGACACCCACGAGACCAGAGCAGCUCAGAAAACAAAGUUUGGCUGGAUGAGGUUCCCUCAGGCGGCACAGGUGACAGAAGACAGCCGUCUGCUCUACCUCCUCAUCAAGAUGCUCAAAAACCGACCGCCGUGCAGUCAACUCUCCUCCCCCAGUAAAGUCGUGGCUUCUAUUAAAGGGCAGUAUAAAAGGAUUGCAGACCGACUAAGAGACGAUGCCAUCCUGUGCGGCCUCGCCAUUCCUCUGCCCGAUGUGAAUGCGAAAUCCAUCUCCACCUUUAUUGCGAGGGAGGAGAAAAAGGCCAACUACAGGGCAACAGUAAUGCCCAGAGUAACACCACACCAGAAAGUGUUGUCAGACACACCGCUUCCAGAAGCUCCUGUGCUGCCAACAUCCUUGCCUCCACCAGAUCGGCCUGAAGUGCAGUACCAGCACCUUCAUCACCUGGCUGGGAAAAGGCAGGGUGAGAAGCGGAGGUUAGCUUUUGAAGAGCCAGAACCGGCCCCUGUGAACCGGCCCAUUCCGCCAAACCCCGCGAACCGGCCCAUUCAGCCAAAGCCUGCUGCGUCGGCCCAUAUUCCACCCGCUGUGUCGGCAGCGGCACCUCUACUCCUGGUUCUUCCUGCACAGCCACAAGCUCCCUCCAUCAAACUCCUGGGGCCAUCAGGCAGUCAGGGCUUUGUACCUGUGGCACAGCCCCCUGCACCAACCACCAAGCAACUCAUGCCCAACAAGUCCUUGCGGCCAUGUGGGGCUUGCCAAGUGCCUCAGUGUGGUGGGCAGCGUAAAAGAUUAAACAUGGAAAAUCAUCCAAAACAUCGGUGCAGCGUGUGCAACAAGACUUUCACUGAAAAGUCCAACCUGACCAGGCAUCUGAAGAUCCAUGCCGUGGCCAGGGAGACCUUUGACUGUGAUGUCUGCAGGAAGAGCUUUACCACCAAGUCAUCGCUGGUCAGCCAUCAGCAGCAACACCAGUACCCCAACAUCGUGUUGUACCGGCAAGGAGAGGCCAGGCUGCAGUGUACAGGGGCAGCAAAGUCUGUGGCAGAGGCCCCCAGCACCGCUGUUGACACUACAUGGCUGGAUCCCCAGACAGCAGAGGCGGCUGCCAAGAGGUCCGGGGGUGAGCUGUGGAAAGGUCAGCUGGUCAUCGUGUUCGGGAAGUACACCGGUCAGACCUUCAGGUGGCUUCUGGAAAACGAUGUCGGCUGGCUGGUGUGGUUGCUGUUCCAGUACUGCCAGCAGGGAGAGCAGAACAAGCUGCUGAAGUGGCAGAAGGAGCGACUGCUUGAGUACGCCAGAGAGUUCCCUCCUGUCACAUGGCACCUUGAUAGGAGGUUGAAGAAAGUGCAAAUGAAGAAAGAGCGGGCUCCUCCGACCGUCUCCGACCUCUCUCAGCAGGACCCCAGCUACGCCAGCGAUGCAGAGUUGUUGGCUGCUGCAGAGAGUGUCCUGGACGAGUCCGAGGCGUCGGUCAGCACGCAGCUGACAACCUGGGGAGACCUCGCCAGCUCCGUGUGCCAGGACGACAGGCCAGGGCCCUCGUCCCUCCCACAGACCUCGGAACCCGGUGGCGUCGUGCUGGAGGGCUGGCAGAAGUUCUGGGAGCAGCCGCCUGAAUCCGCCCAAGCCCUUGGUAUAGCCCCCGCGAACAUCAAGUGGCUGAAGACCAACGAGACCUAUGGGCUGUUCGAGAGGGCGUCCAGGUACAAGAACGUGAGGGGAGAGAUUUCCGAGAGGAAGCUCUUUAAGGAGAAGAUGGAGUUCCACCCGCCCCCACCUCCUAUGGCCGUCAAGGGAGCUGUGCCCAACAUGCUCUCCUUCUUCACCACCCCUGCCUUCUUCUGGCGCCCGGUCGGCGUGAUGAAGGCGUUGAUCCGCUGCCCCAACACCAACUGCCCCGCACCGCCAGGAGCGUACCUGGAGAAGAAAGGCUUCGGCAGCUACGCCAGGCAAGUGUGUGGCAUGAAGUUCAACUACACCCUGUUGACAGAGAAGCUUACAUGCCCACAUUGUCGAAAGAUGAGGCAGACCGUGAGCCAGGCGCACGGUGAUGCGGACGACAGUGAAGAUGAGGGGGCAGACGCACACAGUGCCCAACAGUACACGUGGCUGGCACACAGUCCCAAGAUUCUGAUGAACCUCGCCCCGGCCAUCAGAAGCAUGUUCCCUGCCAUACUGUGUGGGAAGCGUGCGGUGGACAGAGGUGUGGUCACCCUGCUCAGUGACCGACUCAACGCUGUCUCAAUGAGCAAGGUGCAGAGGCUGCUGCAGCAGGGCCACGACGAGUGGUACGUGGAGCGGCGUGACCUGUACCAGACUCUGCUGUACGAUGCCCACACAGCUGGAUCUGCUUCAUCUCAGGGGGGCAUCCUGUCCUAUGUGAGAGCAGCUGGCACUUACACCCCUCCCAUUGCCCAGUCUCCCCUUCCGUCUGCUCGUCUCCUGAGGCGUGCUCACCUGAUCAUGGAGAUCGAAAAGAUGCCCGUCUACAGACACCAGAUCCUCAGUGUGACUGGAGAAAUCCUGUGCAUUGAUGGUACAAGAAAAGUCCUCAAGAAGAUAUAUGGUGAUGGCCAGGGUACCAUGCAGUACGUCACCAGUGUACUGAACGAGUGGGGCCAGUUCUUGACGACAGUGGUGGUGGCAGCUGAGUCAGAGGGGUGCUACGCGCGCAUGGCGAAAGGUCUCAUUGCCCGGUUUCGACAUGCCAAUGCUCCUGCACCAAAAGUCAUUUAUGCAGACAACAACUGCUGUCGUGACAGCGGUUCCUCCUUUCUGGAGAGUCUGUUUGCUGACUGGGUACAGCAGGGUGCUGUGGUCAGACUGGACAUCCGACACUGGCUACAUCGCUGGGAUGCUGUUGUGAUCAAACAGAGCCAUGCCAAGUACGGGUUGUUCAUGAGUGCCUUGGCGGGUGCGGUGCUCGCCUACAACAAGACGGACAUGAUGCUCCUGGUCCAGGCUGUCAGGAGUGGCAACGCAGAGCUGUACGGCAGGUAUUCCGACGAGGAGAUGAUAGCCUUCCUCAAGCCUCACCAGGUCAGAUCGUAUGUGAGGCGCAUCACCCGUGGGGUUGUGGAGUCUGCUUUGGUGAUUGAGGCCAUCAUUGCCGAGUUCAGGGGACCAGCAGGCCUGGACAUUGAUGGAAUCCCCCUGUUCAAGUCAACAGAGGCAGUUGAUGCUCACUGGGCAACUGCAAGCAAGCAUCUCGGCUGCAUGCAGGUGGGUUGA